AUGGCCUUGUCUGCUGCCGAAGUCGUGUUCCACGAACAGCAACAAGGAGCCCUGUGUGCCCAGCACUGCCUCAAUGCCAUGCUGCAAGGGUCGUACUUUUCAGCUGUCGAUCUGGCAGAUAUUGCGAGACAGCUGGACGCAGCAGAGCUCAGCGCCAUGGCGGAAGGCGGCUACUCGCGCGAGCUCGCCAAGUUUGCGCGCCAAGGCAGCUCGAACAUGGACGACUCGGGCUUCUUUUCAAUCCAAGUCAUCACCCAGGCUCUGAAUGUCUGGGGAAUCAAAUGUGUGCCAUUCAUGAGCGAAGACGCCGUGGAUGCGCGUCGAGAUCCAACACACGAACAGGGAUUUAUCUGCAAUCGCCGUCAACAUUGGUUUUCGAUUCGGAGGUUUGGUCCACACUGGGCGAACUUGGACUCGACCCUGAAGGGCCCAAAUUUCAUCACUGGCACUUAUUUGACGCUGUUUUUGAACCAACUGCAGAGCGACGGCUACUCGAUCUUUGUCAUCCGAGGCAACCUUCCACCUUCUGCUGCUGACGCUGUGCUUUCGCAAUUGCCGGCUUCGCAAAUCCCCAACUCGGGCGCUCGCACUUCAGGACCAGCAGCUCCAUCUGCGGCGCCCAGAGGCAACAUUCACACCUUGUCCAGCCUCAGUGCGUCCAGAUCGUCGUCGCCAGCGCAGAGCGGACAGACCAUCGCCAAGCAUAACUCUUCCGGCACCUCUGGCCUCGAUUCUGUGCACCUCGAUCCCGAGACCAUUCAAUCCCUGGCAGCCGGUGUUAAGAAUGCCAAUCAACCCGCCGCGCCUGCACGGCCAGUCGACAUGGAUGAAAUGCGUGCCAAGCGAUUGCAGCGAUUUGGAAACAGCAAUGCCGGAAAUAGAAUGCCGCCGCUGGUGUCCAACAAGAGCGAUGAGACGGCUGCGGUGGCGGCGUCGCGUCCAAUUGAGGACGGCGCUCCGACUCCGCCCGCAUCGCCCGCCACAGCCACCGCGCACAAGCCGACCGACCCGGCCUUUUACUCGAUGGACACCCACACCGAGCAGCCGCAGCAUGAGCACGAGCACAAGCCGAGUUGUGCGUCGUCGUCAUCCACCGCGCUGUCGUCGGCGUCGGUGCAGGGCGCGUGGCGUCCGAUUCUGAUGACCGACGCGGACGCAGCAGCCCCGUCCACCACCACCACCACGACUGCCGCAGUGCUGCACAGACGCUACCUCAUGUACCGCGAGCACUCUGCCAAGUGUCGGCAGCAGCUCGAUGCCGCGGGCGUGGUGACUGGCGCGGACUAUUGGGAAGUCGCCGUGCGCAGGUAG